CCUUGAUCCAACGCUGGACGGGAAUUUUCAUUGCUUCAUUUUUGUUGUUUGAUCACUUGUCGCAUAGGAAGCAUUACCUUCUACAGUGAAACGUAUGUAGCCAAUACAAUUGUAUCACUUUCCUCUGGAACUACGUAGCAGCAGAUACAAAGUCAAACUUUUUUUGAACCACGGCUCGCAUUGGGCUCGAUUUCGAUCGAGGAUGGGGUAAGGAUUGAUCGAGCGGUUUGAUGGCGUAUUUUGUCGAUUAUCUUUCACAGGGAAAGGAAAUUGUUAUUGUUGAUGUACUCCGGUCAGGUUACAUAGCCUACAGUAUGUGAAACUGGCAGAUUACAUUGUUGCUCGGUCAACUAGGUGCUAUAAAAACGUUAUAAAAUUGGAAGCCUAUGUUGCCUAUAAUUAUAACUUUCAUUAACUUUCCGAAAAUCCACGACAUGUGUUUUGCUAACUGUAAUGAAAUACAUUAUAGACAUAUACGUUGUACAAAAAUAUUUCUAACUUUAAUGCAACAUUCAAACUUCUGAAUAUGGCUGUCUCUCCAAGACAUCAAAGCUUAGAUGUAAACAUACACCUACCUCUCUAAACAUUCCCCUCCACUACUGAACAUAACACCUGCCAUUCACACUCCUGACUAUUUCCUGUUACUAGGUGAAGAGGUUCUACACCUGUUCAGUCACUGUGCUGGAAUCCUAUUGAAACCUAAAACCUCUGCCUCUGUGUUGAAUACAGUACAGGACAUGACAUUAGAAAGACAGAUCCUUGUGGAUUGUGCCUCUCCUAUAAUUAUUCAGGUCAAUGUGUUUUCUCCAAGAACACAGUAGCAUUCCAUACAUUCUCUCUUUUUUUCAUGGAUAAUGUCCUGUCUCAUGAUCAUCAUGGACCUUGCUAGAAGACCUGACACUUCUCAGAUGGCACUUGAACAUGUGACAUUGUAUAGCAGUGUGUGUGUGGAAAACCAGUCAUUAGGGAGGCUGUAUUUAGUAUUUUCCAGUCUGUCCCCUGCAGAACCCCUGAUGGGAGCAGGUCACAUGAUUAUAAUUAGGCCUAGCUAACUGUGCUGAGACUCACACACACACACACACACACACACACACACACACACACACACUCAAGCACACCCCUCACAUCAUUCUUACCCAGCCUAAGGAUUUAGACUCUCGCCAUGAGGAUUCGCCGCCACAGUCCACACACGCAGAGAGAGAGAGAGAGAAAGUGACCGAGGGAGAGAGAGAGACCGAGAGAGUGACAGUGAGAGAGAGACUGUGUGUGAGAGAGAGGGAGAGAGAGACAUGCAGAAGUACAAACAUAUACUUAGUGUAUAAGGCAAAACCCCAAACAAUGCAUGCAGAGCAGAAUUAGGACUAUAGCCACUAGUUAUCAAAAUCCAGAAAAGAGCUGUUAAAUACCCACACUUUCCACCACAAAGCCCUCAACUACAGAGAGAUAAACCUAGAGAAGCGUCCGCUCAGCCAGCUGGUUCUGGGACUCUGUUCACAAACACAAACAGACCCCACAGAACCCCAGGACAGAAACACAUGAGACCCAAACAAAUUAUGAGAAAGCACAAAGAUCACUCUUUGACACACUGGAAGGAAUCAACCAAAAACAGAGCAAAUUGGAAUGCUAUCUGGACCUAAACAGAGAGUACACAGUUGCAGAAUACCUGACCACCUGACUGACCCCAAAAUUAAGAAAAUCCUUGACUAUGUACAGCAGUGGAGGCUCCUCAGAGGAGGAAGGGGAGGAUCAUCCUCCUCAGUUAAUUUCAGAAAAAUUAAAUUCUGAAACAUUACAAAUGUUAUCCUUUUUAGAUAAAACUAUACUAAGUAUAUUCACAUCACCAAAUAAUUGACUAAAACACACUGCAAUAAAGGUCUACAGUAGACUCGACAGUACUCUGUAGGGUAGCACCAUGGUGUAGCCGGAGGACAGCUAGUUUCUGUCCUCCUCUGGGUACAUUGACUUCAAUACAAAACCUAGGAGGCUCGUGGUUCUCACCCCCUUCCAUAGACGUACACAGUAAUUAUGACAAUUUACGGAGGACGUCCUCCAACCUAUCAGAGCUCUUGCAGCAUGAACUGACAUGUUGUCCACCCAAUCAAAGGAUCAGAGAAUGAAUCUAGAACUGAAAGCAUAAGCUACAGCUAGCUAGCACUGCAGUGCAUAACAUGUGGUGAGUAGUUGACUCAAAGAGAGGGAAAGACCAUAGUUGGAACAGUUUUGAAGAGAGAGAUUACAGAUUAUCUUUCACUUUCUUAGCUAGCGAAUGCAGCUAGCUAGUUUAGCCUCCUCAAACAGAGAGGAAUGCUAUGUUAGCUAGCUGGCUAUGGCUAUCCAACACUGGAACUCUUCCAAGUCAAGGUAAGCUUUUGGUUUUAUUAAUUUAUUGUCACCGGGGCCCGCCGGUGUAACUGCUAAACUGCUUGCUAACUGUACACUGUACUGCUUGAUUGUAGCGGGUUUACUAAUGUGUUAGUUCUAGUAGCUAUGUUGACUAUGAUGUUAGCUAAUAUGGUGACAACGAUGUAGGCUGUGUGUAGCGGUUGGCGGUUAUGAUAUGAAAGUUUGGCUUGGAAACGUUUUUUCGCCUUGUCACAGACAGCUGAUGUAUUGUGCACUGAAGUCCACAAGUGAAGGGAAAAGGUGAGAGGAGGAGAGCGCGUAGAUGCGAGAAGUAAUUAUCCAACGAUCAAAGGGAUUAUUAUAUUUGUAUGUGGCUGCUAUGAAAGUGAGCUGUGUUUGCGUGUGGUCAGGGGUGUAUUCAUUCCGCCGAUUCUGUUGAAAAAACGUUUCUUAUACGGAAGCAAACGGAACGAAACGGGGAUAAAUGGGGACCUGAAUUUGUCCAAUAGAAACUCUAAUUUGCAACUGUUGGACUAAUGAUUACACCGUAGUUCAGCUAGAUGAAGGCAAGAUUGUGCAAGGCGGUACUGGUACCUUUAUUACUAAACAUUUUCUCGACAUGUGCACCUGCGUUGUAAACGUUCAUUCAUAGGCUAGGUUUAGCAACCUCAUGACGGGUAUAGGGACAAUUUGAGUAUCAUGUAGUAGCCUAAACUUGUCAAUGUUACAUUGAGCUGGGUGAAUGGAAUAUGAAUGACAGUCAUCCAAUAUGCUGUACAGUAAUAGAAAUAAGGCCGUGCUCAUGACAUUUUUUUAUCAUCUUAAACGGCACCGACCGCCACUGAUGUACAGACUCAGUGAGCAUAGCCUUGCUAUUGAGAGAGGCCGCCAUAGGCAGACCUGGCUCUCGAGAGAAGACGGGCUAUGUGCCCACUGGCCACAACAUGAGGUGGAAACUGAGCUCCUCAGUUUCCUAACCUCCUGCCAAAUGUAUGACCAUAUUAGAGACACAUAUUUCCCACAGAACCCACAAAGAACUUGAAAACAAAUCAAACAUUGAUAAACUCCCAUAUCUGUUAAGCGAAAUACAGCAGUUUGCAAUCACAGCAGCAAGAUUUGUGGCCCUGUUGCCAUGAGAAAAGGGCAACCAGUGGAGCUCAAACAACAUUGUAAAUACAACCUAUAUUUAUCUGUUUAUUUAUUUCCCCUUUCAUACUUCAACUAUUUGCACAUAGCCAAUAAUAUAACAUUUGAAAUAUCUAUAUUCUUUUAAAACUUUUGUAAGGGUAAUGUUUACUGAUUGUUUAUUUCCCUUUUGUUUGUCUAUUCCAUUUGCUUUGGCAACGUAAACAUAUGUUUCCCCUGCCAAUAAAGCCUUUUGAAUUGAGAGUGAGUGAGAGAGAGAGAGACAGUGAGAGAGAGAGAGCGAACAAGAGAAAGGAAGAGCAGGGAGAUGGAGAUAUACUGUAGCUAGCUCCUGUUAAUCAGUAAACAGUGUGUCAAGGCCCCUGCCAUGUGGUCAUGAAGGGAGAAUGCUGAACAUUUACUAACUAGUUACGGUGUACUGAGGCUUUCAUCAAUUGGUCUGGACCAGGCCAACACAGUGUGUAUUUACCGACGGUGUUAAAUCAGGUUUUCUGGACAUAACAAAAGGUGUCCCACAGGGAUCCAUUAUUGGUCCGUUUCUUUUCACUAUUUACAUUAACAAUAUUGGUCUAUCUGUACAAAAAAAAAAAAAUGUCACCUGUAUGCAGAUGAAACUGUGGUGUUUGCUAUUGCCUCCGCAGCUGACCAGGCUCUGUCAGAGCUUCAGUUUGCCUUUAGUGCCCAGCAGAAAGCCUUUGUUGAACUGAAAUGGGUACUUAACACACGUAAAACCAAGUAUAUGUUAUUUUUCAAAUUAGGUAAAAAUGUAUCUGAUGAUUUAUGCAUAUAUGUACUUUGGGUGGUGCCCACGUUGACCGUGUCCCACUUAUAAAUAUCUGUAUUGAUGAAAAGCUAUCUUUCAAAAACCAUGUUGAUGAGGUUGUUAAGAAAUAAAUAAUUAAAAUGGGCUUCUAUAGGAACAGGUCCUGUCUUUCGUUAAAUAGCAGAAAACAAAUCAUUCGGUCAACAUUCAUGCUGGUUAUUGACUAUGGUGAUAUAGUCUAUAUGAAUGCAGCUGCCACUGUAUUGAAGUCAUUGGAGGCAGUUUAUUAUAACGCAUUGCGCUUUAUUACGGGUUCAGUACACAUCAUUGCAUUUUGUAUCAGAAAGUAGGCUGGCCCUCUUUGAAGUCUCGUAGAUCGAUGCAUUGCGCUCUUCUUGUCUAUAAAGCCCUCUUAAAUAAACUUCUGCCAUACCUUACUUACAUUUUACAUUUUAGUCAUUUAGCAGACGCUCUUGUCCAGAGCGACUUACAGUUAGUGAGUGCAUACAUUUUCAUACUGGCCCCCCGUGGGAAACGAACCCACAACCCUGGCGUUGCAAGCGCCACGCUCUACCAACUGAGCUACAGGGGACUACUUCAUUGACACCCUUCAGAUAUAUAAGUUACCAGACCCGGACUCAGGGAUGGCUAACACUAGAGAUCCCUUCAAUCUCCACCUAGUUAGGUCAAUCUGCUUUUAGUUGUUUUGCGCUUCUCAUGUAGAACAAAACUCCUUAAAGGUGAAUGUUUCAUGUGAUUUGUGUUUUGUUUUUCAUGUAUUGUGUAAUUGAUGUUUAUUGAUGUGUUCAUGCAGGGCUCAUCUGCAAACAAAAUACCUUGGUCUCAGCACGACUCCUUGCUUAAAUAAAGGUUCAAUUAGCAAAAAUAAUAAUGACCGUCACUUUAGUCACCACAUCACUGCAGGCUCUGGCAUGUCAGGUUGAUAAUAAAAUAGAGUGAUGAGGACUGACUUAGUGUUUUGUUUUGUACUGACUUCGCCCACUGAGAUACUUGGCUGACUUGCUCGUCUAGUUCUUGUUCUGACUAACACAUGUAUUUCAUGCUCCACACCCCUUCCCUGUCCCUCCCCUCCUACGCUGUCCUCCCAGGCCCUGUUCCCUACAGAGUGCACUACUUUAAAUGGGCCCUGGUCAAAAGGUAGUGUACCAUAUAGGCAGUAGGGUUGCACUUUGGGACACAACCUCAGUGAUCUGUUAUGGGCAGAGCAUGGUGUUGUUUCUUAGCCUCGCGAGCCACCCUGAUCUCGUGAGCUUACAUGAAUGGUUCGCUGCACAGAUAGCACAGCGGUAAUCCGUCUGCUAUUUACAAGGCUAGUAGUUUCCUGAUGUGCUGUACUGUAGGAAGUAUCUGUGUCUGCCUGGGUACUUAACAGGUGAGCCAGAGGCUAUAGGGACAGAGAAGGCUAUGGGAACUCUGUCUUUAGGACCCUGCUGUGUGUACUAAAGACACACACACACACACACACACACACACACACACACACACACACACACACACACACGCAGCCAGUGGGUUACUUUUCUCUUACGGUACAGUAGCGCACACUAGAGUAGAGUACAGUAUAAAGUAUAAAGUACUGUACUGAACACAUUUAAUUUACUGUACUGAACUCUACUCUACUGUACUGAACACAUUUAAUUUACUGUACUGAACUCUACUGUGCUGUACUGUGAUGUCCAAACUUGUGAAACAUAGACAUCUAUGAUUGGUUCAGAUUUGGUCUGGUCUUGUUUGGGGGCAGAGUUCAUUAGAAAAAUAGCCAGUGUGUAGAAUAAUUCCCAAAUAUGCAAAAUAAGGAUAUUGCAUAUUUCUACCUUUUUGUGUACCUUUUCAGGACACAUCACCAUGAAGAGAAUAAUAUUAAUAUCCAUAAUUAUGCAUUUUUGUGUAGUACAGAUCAGGGACCCAUGAUGUAAUUCCGUUACCAUAAUCCCGUUACCGGAUGUAAAUCCACUUCACCUAACAAUAAAACAUUUUAUAACUCAAGGUAUCAUGUCAUAGCUGACACCCCCAUUCUUUCUGCAGACAUCUUUGAAUCUUAAUUCACAGCAGAUAUUUAACAGAGUUUUUGGAAAACGUGGUCGCAAAAGGAACUAAAUAGGAUCUGUCUUUCUAAUGUCAUUUUACAUGUGACAUAACCCUUUCUACAUCCUUUUUAAGCAUGACAUUUGCUUAUGAAACAUCUAUGUAGGCCUUAAAAUGUGUUUUUGAAGGCUUCAUUAAGUUACAUUUACGUUAUGCAAUUUAGUGCACAGGGACAGUGGCUCAUUUACAUGUUUUAGUGAUACAGCAUAUGAUAUCUCAAUUAUGCUAAGCCUAUGUCUCCCAGUCCCACGGAGUCGUGGCUGAAUGACAACAAUGACAACAUUCAGCUAGCAGGCUAUACGCUACAUCGGCAGGACAGAACGGCAGACUCGGGUAAGACGAGGGGUGGCGGUCUCUGUAUUUUUGUAAACAACAGCUGGUGCACAAAAUCAAAUACUAAGUCUCAAGGUUUUGCUCGCCUGAGGUAGAGUAUCUUAUGAUAAGCUGUAGACCACACUAUUUACCAAGAGAGUUUUCAUCUAUACUUUUCAUAGCUGUCUAUUUACCACCACAAACCAAUGCUGGCAUUAAGAUUGCACUGAAUGAGUUGUACAAGGCCAUUAAUCAACAGGAAAACGCUCAUCCAGAUGCAGCGCUCCUAGUGGCCGGGGACUUUAAUGCAGGGAAACUUAAAUCCGUUCUACCUCAUUUCUACCAGCAUGUUAAAUGUGCAACCAGAGGGGAAAAAACUCUAGACCACCUUUACUCCACACACAGAGACGCAUACAAAGCUCUCCCUCGCCCUCCAUUUGGCAAAUCUGACCAUAACUCUAUCCUCCUGAUUCCUGCUUAUAAGCAAAAACUGAAGCAGGAAGCACCAGUGACUCGGCUAAUAAAAAAGUGGUCAGAUGACGCAGAUGCUAAGCUACAGGACUGUUUUGCUAGCACAGACUGGAACAUGUUCAGGGAUUCUUCAGACAGCAUUGAGGAGUACACCACAUCAGUCACUGGCUUCAUCAAUAAGUGCAUCGAUGAUGUCGUCCCCACAGUGACCGUACGUACAUACCCCAACCAGAAGCCAUGGAUUACAGGAAACAUCCGCACUGAGCUAAAGGGUAGAGCUGCCGCUUUCAAGGAACGGGACUCUAACCCGGACGCUUAUAAGAAAUCCCGCUAUGACCUCCGACGAACCAUCAAACAGGCAAAGAGUCAAUACAGGUCUAAGAUUGAAUCAUACUACACUGGCUCUGACGCUCGUCGGAUGUGGCAGGGCUUGAAAACUAUUACAGACUACAAAGGGAAGCACAGCCGCGAGCUGCCCAGUGACACAAGCCUACCAGACGAGCUAAACCACUUCUAUGCUCGCUUCGAGGCAAGCAACACUGAAGCAUGCAUGAGAGCACCAGCUGUUCCGGACGGACUAUGUGAUCACGCUCUCCGUAGCCGAUGUGAGUAAGACUUUUAAGCAGGUCAACAUUCACAAGGCCGCAGGGCCAGACGGAUUACCAGGACGUGUACUCCGAGCAUGUGCUGACCAACUGGCAAGUGUCUUCACUGACAUUUUCAACAUGUCCCUGACUGAGUCUGUAAUACCAACAUGUUUCAAGCAGACCACCAUAGUCCCCGUGCCCAAGAACUCUAAGAUAACCUGCCUAAAUGACUACCGACCCGUGGCACUGACGUCUGUAGCCAUGAAGUGCUUUGAAAGACUGGUCAUGGCUCACAUCAACAGCAUAAUCCCAGAAACCCUAGACCCACUCCAAUUUGCAUACCGCCCCAACAGAUCCACAGAUGAUGCAAUCUCUAUCGCACUCCACACUGCCCUUUCCCACCUGGACAAGAGGAACACCUACGUGAGAAUGCUAUUCAUUGACUACAGCUCAGCAUUCAACACCAUAGUGCCCUCAAAGCUCAUCACUAAGCUAAGGAUCCUGGGACUAAACACCUCCCUCUGCAACUGGAUCCUGGACUUCCUGACGGGCCGCCCCCAGGUGGUAAGGGUAGGUAACAACACAUCUGCCACACUGAUCCUCAACACGGGGGCCCCUCAGGGGUGCGUGCUCAGUCCCCUCCUGUACUCUCUGUUCACCCAUGACUGCAUGGCCAGGCACGACUCCAACACCAUCAUUAAGUUUGCCGACGACACAACAGUGGUAGGCCUGAUCACCGACAACGAUGAGACAGCCUAUAGGGAGGAGGUCAGAGAUCUGGCCGUGUGGUGCCAGGACAACAACCUCUCCCUCAACGUGACCAAGACAAAGGAGAUGAUUGUGGACUACAGGAAAAAAAAGAGGACUGAGCACGCCCCCACUCUCAUCGACGGGGCUGUAGUGGAACAGGUUGAGAGCUUCAAGUUCCUUGGUGUCCACAUCACCAACAAACUAUCAUGGUCCAAACACACCAAGACAGUCGUGAAGAGGGCACGACAAAGCCUAUUCCCCCUCAGGAGACUAAAAAGAUUUGGCAUGGGUCCUCAGAUCCUCAAAAAAUUCUACAGCUGCACCAUCGAGAGCAUCCUGACUGGUUGCAUCACCGCCUGGUAUGGCAACUGCUUGGCCUCUGACCGCAAGGCACUACAGAGGGUAGUGCGUACGGCCCAGUACAUCACUGGGGCAAAGCUCCCUGCCAUCCAGGACCUCUAUACCAGGCGGUGUCAGAGGAAGGCCCUCAAAAUUGUCAAAGACUCCAGUCACCCUAGUCAUAGACUGUUCUCUCUGCUACCGCACGGCAAGCGGUACCGGAGUGCCAAGUCUAGGUCCAAAAGACUUCUCAACAGCUUCUACCCCCAAGCCAUAAGACUCCUGAACAGCUAAUCAUGGCUACCCGGACUAUUUGCACUGCCCCCCCACCCCAUCCCUUUUACGCUGCUGCUACUCUGUUAAGUAUUUAUGCAUAGUCACUUUAACUCUACCCACAUGUACAUAUUACCUCAACUAGCCGGUGCCCCCGCACAUUGACUAUGCAACGGUACCCCCCUGUAUAUAUAGCCUCCCUACUGUCACUUUAUUCUAUUGUAUAUAUAGCCUCCCUACCGUCACUUUAUUUUUUACUUCUGCUCUUUUUUUCUCAACACUUUUUUGUUGUUGUUUUAUUCUUACUUUUUUGUUUAAAAUAAAUGCACUGUUGGUUAAGGGCUGUAAGUAAGCAUUUCACUGUAAUGUCUGCACCUGUUGUAUUCGGCGCAUGUGACCAAUAAAAUUUGAUUUGAUUUGAUUUGAUUUAAAAUGUGUUUUUGAAGGCUUCAUUAAGUUACAUUUACGUUAUGCAAUUUAGUGCACAGGGACAGUGCACAAUAUCCCUAAGGUAUGCUAUGGAGCGAAGUUAGUAGAAGUAGUUUUCCCAUGUCCUGCUCUGUCUUGUGUGAAUGCUCUCUCUUUCCUGUCAUGUGUCUCGUCUAUAUGCCUGUGGUGCUGUCAGUCUGUCAAACCAGUUUACUCCUAUUUACCUUUACUUUUCACACCACUGGUGUUUUUGUUUCUGUUUUGUAACAUAAAAACGUCUUUGUCAGGAUUCAUCACCAUCUGAUCCUCUCUUCCUGUCAGGGGUGGUUUUUAUACAGCCUUUUGAUCGUUCCAAGAAAUCAACAGUAGCAACAAGUUUCUCCCAACCAAGGUGAGUUGAUCUCUCUGUAUCCUGAUGAACUGCCCUUUCUGAAUAUUCUGUAUAAUGUAAAGAAGUCUAAAAAUGUCAAAUUUACAGCAGGCCACAACAAAACUAAACUGUCUUUACAUGAAACCAGACUGCCAGGACAGUGGUAUUGUGACCUGGACAUGUUUCUUCUCAUUAGCUUUACAAGUUAGCAUUUAAAUUCUCUCUCUCUCUCUCUCUCUCUCUCUCUCUCUCUCUCUCUCUCUCUCUCUCUCUCUCUCUCUCUCUCUCUCUCUCUCUCUCUCCUCUCUCUCUCUCUCUCUCUCUCUCUCCUCUCUCUCUCUCUCUGUCUGUCGGUCUGUCUGUCUGUCUGUCUGGUCUGUCUGUUGUCUGUCUGUCUGUCUGUCUGUCUGUCUGUCUGUCUGUCUGUCUGGUCUGUCUCUCUGUCUCUCUGUCUCUCUGUCUCUCUGUCUCUCUGUCUCUCUCUGUUUCUCUCUUCUUUCUUUCUCUCUCUUUAACUUCCAGAUAGCACAUGGAUGACCUGGAUGCUGCCAGAGGACUCUCUCCCUGGCCCACUCCUCCUCAUGAGGACUCUGUGUCCCUGUCCACGUCCUCCACAGACACCAUCAACUUAGAAGGUACGUCACCUGGUUGCUUGCUGUAUAAUAGGGGGGGUUUCUGAGCUAAAGCCUAGAGCUUAUGCAAGACUCCAGGUCUCAAAUCACUUGAGUGUGGUUCACCAAACCACCUUCAUUCCAUUUUGGCCGUUGCCCAUUUCAUUGUUGAUGCCCAACAGAUGACCAAGUGUUAUUAAGGCUGUGUGUGUGUGUUAUUGUUAUGUCUGGUAGAGAUGCCCAUAACUCUGUGUAUUAUUGUGUGUGUGUGUGUAUAGAUGGCCACUACUCUGCCCUGCGAGCGGAGCUGGCGGCUGAUGCUCAGGACUUGGAGGGAGAGUCCUGGAGUGUUGCUGUGGACCAGCAGUAUGUAAACAGCCUCCACCAAGAUGCUGUAAAGAGGCAAGAUGUAAUCUACGGUAAGAAAAUAGCUCAAUAGUAAGAACAUACAGUACUGGAGCUGGAUAGCAGGGUGGAGGAUGUUAUCUGCAAAAGGCCUGUGUGGAGGGGGAUGAGACUGAGGAUGAUGAUGAUAAUGGGCGCCUUCGACAUUGUAACCGACUUAAACGAAUAGUUGAGACUGACUGAUCUACAAAUCAUCUUGCAUCACAAGUAACUACUCAAUAAUAUUUCUAGAUCAGUCAGUCAGUCACAAGAUGCAUCACGGCUUUGAUGCUCUCAUGGUGAAGAUGAUGUUGAUGAUAAUUAUAUAUUACAAUCCUAAUGAUGUUGAUGAUGACUAUAUAUAACAGUAGUGAUGAUGACUAUAUAUAACAGUAGUGAUGAUGACUAUAUAUAACAGUAGUGAUGAUGACUAUAUAUAACAGUAGUGAUGAUGACUAUAUAUAACAGUAGUGAUGAUGACUAUAUAUAACAGUAGUGAUGAUGACUAUAUAUAACAGUAGUGAUGAUGACUAUAUAUAACAGUAGUGAUGAUGUGAGGACACUGUCCCCCCCAGAGUUGAUCCAGACAGAGGUUCAUCAUGUGCGGACCCUGAAACUGCUGCUGAGUGUUUACCAGUAUGAGCUGAGACAGAGCCUACAAAUGGAGGAGACUAGGCUAGAGAGGAUGUUCCCUCAGGUAUCUCCGUCUCCGUCUAUAGUCUCUGUGUUUGAUCUCCUGUUUAAAACCAAUAGAUGUGUGUAAUCGCUCUUUCACUCUUCCAUCAGCUGGACAACCUGCUGCACGUCCACCAACGCUUCCUGUGGUGUCUCAGGGACUGCCGGGACAGACACAACCACCACACUGUCACACAGCUGGGAGAUAUACUCAUCAACCAGGUAGCAUGUCUCUGUCUCUCUGUCUCUCUGUCUCUGUCUCUCUCUCUGUCUCUCUCUUUGUCUCUCUCUCUGUCUCUGUCUCUGUCUCUCUCUCUGUCUCUCUCUCUGUCUCUCUCUCUGUCUCUCUCGCUCUGUCUCUGUCUCUCUCUCUGUCUCUCUCUCUGUCUCUCUCUCUCUGUCUCUCUGUCUCUGUCUCUCUGUCUCUCUCUGUCUCUGUCUCUGUCUCUGUCUCUCUGUCUCUCUCUUUGUCUCUCUCUCUGUCUCUGUCUCUCUCUCUCAGUCUCUGUCUCUCUCUCUCUCUCUCUCUCUGUCUGUCUCUGUCUCUGUCUCGCUCUCUCUCUCUGUCUGUCUCUGUCUCUCUAUCUCUCUGUCUCUUGUCUGUGUGCUGAGCUAGCUAACCACUCAGGAGGCCUGUGGUAUGGCAGGUAUGACAUGGUGGGGGUGUGGCCCUGUCCUCACCAGCAUAAAUGGUUCCUUUUGAUUAAACGUUCUAAGGAAAUCAUGACUCUCUGUACUUUCCCUUUGUCAUACCUGAUCAGUAUGUUGUUGUUUACCUCAUCAGAAUGUUGUUUCCCUGAUGAUAAUGUUGUUUUGUAGUUUUCAGGUGAGAUGGGGGAGAGGAUGAAGGAGAGUUAUGGAGUGUUCUGUAGUCACCACACAGACGCUGUCAGCUUCUACAAGGAACAGCUACAGAACAACAAGAAGUUCCAGAACUUAAUGACGAAAAUCGGUCGGUUGUCCGUCGUUCGGCGGUUAGGAGUCCCAGAAUGCAUCCUGUUGGUGACUCAGCGGAUCACAAAGUACCCUGUCCUGGUGGAACGCAUUCUACUGAACACUGUUGGUAACUAACUGUCUCAACAAGCAUUAUACUACUCAAAUCAUACAGUUAGACUGUAUCACUGAAGGUCACUAGGUGCACUUGAUUCGCUUGCCUGGCAUGCUAGGUGGGUAGAAUCUGUUGGGCAUUUGACCCAGAGUCUGCAGUGUGACUUGAUUGAUGGAUUUAUUUGACAGUUUCAAAAAUACAAUUCCAGCCACAAUUAAAUUCCAGCCAAGUGGAUACAUUGCAUUUAAAGGCCCAAUGCAGCUGUUUUUAUCUCAAUAUCAAAUCAUUUCUGGGUAACAAUGAAGUACCUUACUGUAAUAGUUUUUAUUUGUUUAUUUGUUUUUUGUUGGGGGGGGGGGGGUUACAGGUACAUUAUCCAUUUAAAUGUUUAAGUUGAUAAAACAUCAACCUGUAGGCUGCCACUCAAAAGAAGAAGAACAUAAACAGGAAGAAAUACACAGAGUUUAGUUUAAGUAAUAAUACAUUCAGUAUAAACAGGAAGAAAUACACAGAGUUUAAGUAAUAAUACAUUCAGUAUAAACAGGAAGAAAUACACAGAGUUUAAGUAAUAAUACAUUCAGUAUAAACAGGAAGAAAUACACAGAGUAUAAGUAAUAAUACAUUCAGUAUAAACAGGAAGAAAUACACAGAGUUAAGUAAUAAUACAUUCAGUAUAAACAGGAAAAUAUAACCAAAAAGAAGUGAGCCUCCAAACACCCCACCCCCAAAUCCCAAAUCCCCCACCCCCAAACCCCCCACCCCCACCCAGCCAACAUGUCUCCAUCCAACCUCCCAUCCCAUUUCUGACCUAAGUUGUAAAUAUAGGAAAAAGGAGUUGCCUGGUAAUGUGUAUGUUUCUUUCAAAUCUUGGGAUGUUCUCAAACUAUUACUGUUCGUGAUAUCGGCAAGCGUACAGAUUCCACAUUUGGACCAUUGGGGGUAUGCAAAAGGCCUCCCUCAAGAUCGCAAGGCAUUAUUGUGAAAUAUAGAGUAUGGGCAUGCCAUUUUGAUUCCCAGUUACACAGUUUUGAAAUUAUGCGGCCAAAAAAAAUUGUGUGAGCAAUAAUAGUACCAAAGCGUAGUUGACAUUGUUUAAGGGAUAUAUCAGUGAAGACCACGUCUUCCAGGGUAAUAGGAGACACCAUAUUUCUCUCUCUACUCAGCCAGGGGGCAGAAGAAUCAUGUCUAAACAAAUUUAGGAUGGGGCGAAAUGCUAGUGCUUGGAAAUACAAUUUAAAGUUUGGUAUGGAUAGUCCUCCUACGUCUUUCCCUCUAUGUACAGUUGGGAGAAGAAGUAUUUGAUACACUGCUGAUUUUGCAGGUUUUCCUACUUACAAAGCAUGUAGAGGUCUGUAAUUUUUAUCAUAGGUACACUUCAACUGUGAGAGACGGAAUCUAAAACAAAAAUCCAGAAAAUCACAUUGUAUGAUUUUUAAGUAAUUAAUUUGCAUUUUAUUGCAUGACAUACGUAUUUGAUACAUCAGAAAAGCAGAACUUAAUAUUUGGUACAGAAACCUUUGUUUGCAAUUACAGAGAUAAUACGUUUCCUGUAGGUCUUGACCAGGUUUGCACACACUGCAGCAGGGAUUUUGGCCCACUCCUCCAUACAGACAUUCUCCAGAUCCUUUAGGUUUCGGGGCUGUCGCUGGGCAAUACGGACUUUCAGCUCCCUCCAAAGAUUUUCUAUUGGGUUCAGGUCUGGAGACUGGCUAGGCCACUCCAGGACCUUGAGAUGCUUCUUACGGAGCCACUCCUUAGUUGCCCUGGCUGUGUGUUUCGGGUCGUUGUCAUGCUGGAAGACCCAGCCACGACCCAUCUUCAAUGCUCUUACUGAGGGAAGGAGGUUGUUGGCCAAGAUCUCGCGAUACAUGGUCCCAUCCAUCCUCCCCUAAAUACGGUGCAGUCGUCCUGUCCCCUUAGCAGAAAAGCAUCCCCAAAGAAUGAUGUUUCCACCACCAUGCUUCACGGUUGGGAUGGUGUUCUUGGGGUUGUACUCAUCCUUCUUCUUCCUCCAAACACGGUGAGUGGAGUUUAGACCAAAAAGCUCUAUUUUUGUCUCAUCAGACCACAUGACCUUCUCCCAUUCCUCCUCUGGAUCAUCCAGAUGGUCAUUGGCAAACUUCAGACGGGCCUGGACAUGCGCUGGCUUGAGCACGGGGACCUUGCGUGCGCUGCAGGAUUUUAAUCCAUGAUGGCGUAGUGUGUUACUAAUGGUUUUCUUUGAGACUGUGGUCCCAGCUCUCUUCAGGUCAUUGACCAGGUCCUGCCGUGUAGUUCUGGGCUGAUCCCUCAUCUUCCUCAUGAUCAUUGAUGCCCCACAAGGUGAGAUCUUGCAUGGAGCCCCAGACCGAGGGUGAUUGACCGUCAUCUUGAACUUCUUCCAUUUUCUAAUAAUUGCGCCAACAGUUGUUGCCUUCUCACCAAGCUGCUUGCCUAUUGUCCUGUAGCCCAUCACAGCCUUGUGCAGGUCUACAUUUUUAUCCCUGAUGUCCUUACACAGCUCUCUGGUCUUGGGCAUUGUUGAGAGGUUGGAGUCUGUUUGUUUGAUUGAGUGUGUGGACAGGUGUCUUUUAUACAGGUAACGAGUUCAAACAGGUGCAGUUAAUACAGGUAAUGAGUGGAGAACAGGAGGGCUUCUUAAAGAAAAACUAACAGGUCUGUGAGAGCCGGAAUUCUUACUGGUUGGUAGAUGAUCAAAUACUUAUGUCAUGCAAUAAAAUGCAAAUUAAUUACUUAAAAAUCAUACAAUGUGAUUUUCCGGAUUUUUGUUUUAGAUUACGUCUCUCACAGUUGAAGUGUACCUAUGAUAAAAAUUACAGACCUCUACAUGCUUUGUAAGUAGGAAAACCUGCAAAAUCGGCAGUGUAUCAAAUACUUGUUCUCCCCACUGUAAGUUUGUUAAUUUGAUCUGGGAUCGUUUACCUUGCCACAUACAUUUUGAAAUCGCAUUAUGAAUUUUAUCCCCAUAGCCAGAAGGGAGAGCCAUGGGAAGCAUUUAACUACAGAAAUUCAGCCGUUGCAAUAUAUGAAUUUUGACAGUAGGUAUUCUGCCGGUUAAGCACCUGAGAUAUCUGAUGAGGUCGGAUUGAUUUGAGCAUUCUGUUCAAGUUUCUGGCACUGGUUUUAUCUAAGGAAGGAAGUAUAUCUACUCCCAAGUUUUUAAAAUGGGAAACGAUUGGGAUUCCGUAAGUAGAGAUGGAGUCCUCCAUCGGGUUCUUGAGCGGCACUAGGGCUGAUUUGGUUAGAUUAAUUUAUAACUUGAGAUGAAGCUGAAUUUAACUAUGAUCUUCAAUGUGUUUGGGAGCGAUUGAGAUAGUAAAAUAUUGUCUGUGUAAUGAGAUGAAGUGAUCACUAGAUUUGAGGGAAAUUGGUGUUAUUUUCUUUGAUUGGUGAAUUGCUUGGGUCAGGGGUUCCAUGGAUAAUAAAAAUAGCAAUGGUGAAAUUGGAUCACCUUGUCUGCUGCUUCUAGUGAUUCUGAACGGAGCAGUGCAGAUAUUGCCUGUUAUAACUAUGGCUGAGGGAUUGACAUAUAGCAUUUCAAUCAUAUUAAUGAAAUUGGAACCAAUUCCCAUAUGUUCCAAGACAGACCAGAGAUAUGUCCAUUCUAUAUCAAAAGCUUUUUUUGCAUCGAGAGAUCAUACAGUCCAAGGAGCCGUUGUUUCUGAUAAAGCAUUUAAGAGAUGUAAUAGUCGACGGAGGUUAUCUGAGGAAAAACGUUUUUUAACAAACCCGCUUUGGUUCCAUGUGGAGUCUCGAGACGGGACGACAACAUUUUGGAAAACAGUUUAAUAAAUGUUUAUCAAAGAUAGUGAGAACACUGAGUAGCAUCCUUACCUUUUUUUUAUAAAAGCGAAAUUAGUGCUGUAUUCACAUCUCUCCCAAAUGAACCUUUUGUGAACGGCUGUGUUAAUAAUUUCAAGCAAUAGUUGACCUAAUUUAAUCCAACAUUUUUAAUAGACCUCAGGAGGAAUACUGACCCAUCCAGGUGAUUUGCAUUUAUUAAUGCUAUCCAAUGCCCUUUUGAGUUCAUUGAGAGAGAUUUGGGCUCCCAGCGAAGUGGCUUGUUCUUUUUUCUUUUUUUUUUCGUGGUAUCCAAUUGGUAGUUACAGUCUUGUCCCGUCGCUGCAAUUCCCGUACGGACACAGGAGAGGCGAAGGUCAAGAGUCGUGUGUCCUCCGAAACACAACCCAACCGAGCCGCACUGCUUCUUGACACAGUGCCCGCUUAACCCGCAAGCCAGCCGCACCAAUGUGCUGGAGGAAACACCGUACACCUGGCGACCGAGUCAGCGUGCACUGCGCCCGGCCUGCCACAGGAGUCGCUAGUGCGCGAUGGGACAAGAACAUCCCUGCCAGCCAAACCCUCCCCUACCCUGGAUGUCGCUGGGCCAAUUGUGCGCCGCCCCAAUUGUGCGCCGCCCCAUGGGUGUCCCGGUCGCGGCCGGCUGCGACAGAGCCGGGACUCGAACCAGGAUCUCUAGUGGCACAGCAAGCACUGUGAUGCAGUGCCUUGCGCCACUCGGGAGGCCGAGGUGGCUUCUUCUGUUGAGAGAAGAGGAGUUCUUAAUUAUUUUAGAAAGGUCUGGCUUGGUGUGGAUUUACAAUCAGAGGUGUACAGUUCUUUAUAGAAGCUGGAGAAACUUUGAUUAAUUUUGGUUUUGAUAGUAAUUCCUCUGUUUCAGAUUCAACAGUUGCUAUAUCAGCUAAUUGAUCAUUACUCCUUAGGCCAGUAAACGACUAGGAUGAUUACCAUGAAGGUAAUGGUUGAGUUUAACUCAAUGGAUGGAAAAUUCUGUUCUGUUUUCUCAAUAAAUUAAGUUCUAUCUUGACUUUGGAAAGAUUUAUAGCUACCUGGUCUGAAAAAAGUAUUUGUUGAGAAUGCGCUAACGCAGUUAACAUUUUCAAUUCUGAUAUCUUCUUUAAUUGUGAUUUAUUCAACCCAGAUGCAAAUACGGUUGCAUUAUUUUUUUUAAACAUUUGGUGGCGUCCCAUAGAAUCCGGGAUUCAUCGACUGAAUUUUUAUUGAUCAUUAUGAAUUCAUUUAGUUCAAUUUCAAAUUGAUCACAGAAUGUAGGACUUUGUAGUAAUGCCAUCUUGUGGCUCUUUUAGUAGUUUCUCAGAUUUGAAGUUGGCAGUAGUCAGCGUGGUGGUCAGACAAGCUCAUAUGUCAAAUUUCAAUUUUCUUGAUUAAAGAAAAUAGAGGUACAGAUAAUAGAAUGUUUUAUGCUUGUUUGAGUAGAAAGUGAACUUACUGUAAUAGUUUUCCAUUAAAGAAGUUCCACAAUUUAUUUCCAUUGUGGUCCUCUGACUUCUCUCUCUGUGUGUCCUCCUCUCCUCCCACCAGCCGACAGUGAGGAGCACAGCGCCCUGGCCCAGGCCCUGGUUCUGAUCAGAGAGACCAUCUCUGCUGUGGACUCCCAGGUCCAUGACUAUGAGAGGGCCUCCAGGCUGAGAGACAUAGGCAGCAGGUUAGAGCCUCGUUCCCAGGGCCGGUGGAAGGACGGCAGGGUGUUCACGAGAGACGAUCUGGCUGAGGGCUCCAGAACCCUGCUCCAUGAGGGGACCGUCAGCUGUCGGGCGGCCAACGGACGGCUCAAAGGUGGUGACCUCUCUAAUCAGUCCGUCUGGGAUCUGGAAAUGUUUUCUCUGUGUGAUAUUUGCAGUGGAAAAGCUAGGUUUUACUGCAGCUUUUCUGAAAAAAUUUUCUGAACAAUUGUUCUAGUAAUCAGUGAUUCUCAUUCUGGACACCCAAGACCUCAUGUGACCUACCAGGCCCUGUUAUAGCCUAUAUCUAGAACUCAUAAUUCCUUCUGGUCAGGUCACACAGUAAUGGGAAAACUCCUGAUCAGUCAUAUGUAUCUAUUAGUAAUGCUGUGAGGACGAUGUAUUUGUUGUUUGACUGUUUGUCUGUUUCUAUCCCCCAUGUCUUCAGACAUCCAUGCUGUCCUGUUGUCAGAUGUCCUGCUGCUCUUACAAAAGGAAAAGGACCAGAAACUCAUAUUUGUUAAUGUGGUGAGGGAAUUUUCUCAAUAUAAAAUACUCGACUCAUUUUAAUCCCAACGUGCUAGUUUUAAAGUAUGUCCUCCUUCAAGGAGAGAAGGCCAUAGUUUGCCCGUCUCUGGUACAUAAAAUGUUGAUAACCUCUGAUCCUCUGAUUGUCCUCCUCCUCAUUUCCGAUAAGACGCAUGAGUGGCACAGAAUCGAGAAGAGAAGCUGAGCACCAGACGAACGAGACACGCAAGCCGUGAGAGCAAUGAGAUAAGAGAAGCAAUGCGCUGCGCGACGAGCAGAGCAUCCAGGAGACACCGACGAGACUCGCUGCAGAUCGAAGCCGAGUACGAACACCCCUCCUGAGCGCGGACGCCAAGAGCGCCGCUAGUAUGUCACGAGCAGGCGCACGGAAGAGAUACGACCCGACCUAAUGCCACUGACCUGCUUCCCAGAACGUCGAUAAGCAAGAGGAGAAGCAAGAGAAGGACGCCGCAAGAAAGAGGAAUGGACCGUAGAAGCGGACGCAGACACAAUCGAUAGAAGAACGGGCAGGACCGCACUCGCAGUGUACCAUGUACCUCAUAAAGCGUCACGAAAAGCGAAGGAACUAAGAGCUAGUCCCAGGAGAGCCGGAAGAACAGAACGAGACCGCAGAAGCGAUGGAGAGAAGCAGCCUCCCUCCUCCUCAUCCUCCUCUCCUUCUCCUCCUCUUCUCCUCCUCUCCUUCUCCUCCUCUCCUUGUCCUCUCCUCUCUUUCUCCUCCUCCUCUCCUUCUCUCCUUCCUCCCUCCUCCUCCUCUCCUUCUCCUCCUCGUCCUCUCCUCCUCCUCCUCCUCGUCUCCUCCUCCUCGUCCUCUCUUCUCCUCUCCUUCUCCUCCUCGUCCUCUCCUCUCUUUCUCUUCCUCCUCUCCUUCAUCAGGACAACAAGCCAUCGGUGAUCUCCCUCCAGAUGCUGAUCGUCAGGGAGAUGGCCCAUGAGGACAAGGCUAUGUUCCUGAUCAGUGCUUCGUCCAGCAAGCCGGAGAUGUACGAGAUACACACCUCCUCCAGAGAGGACUGCAACGCCUGGAUGAGCCUUAUACGAGAUGCUGUCGACAGGUAGGAGUGACAUAGGGUAGGAAUGACAUAGGGUAGGAAUUACAUAGGGUAGGAAUGACAUAGGGUAGGAAUUACAUAGGGUAGGAAUGACAUAGGGAGGGGUUAGGGCAAGGACAGAGAGGACAAUAUAGACCAAAUUUGAGAGAACAAUCUCAUACUUUUCCUCUCUCCUCUCUCACUUACCUCUUUACUUUCUACACUUUCAACUGAUUUGGGAUCAGCGUAUGGGUCAGCUCACUUACCUCUCCACCUCCAGUUAUUUUACUUUCUACACUUUCAACUGAUUUGGGAUCAGCGUAUGGGUCAGUUCCUAGGGCUUAUAGUAACCCCAGUGUGUUUGACUCUCUUUGUGUACCAGUUGUCCAGCAAUGGAGGAGCAGCUGAACAGUGAGCAGGAGGAGGCCAGGCUAGCCAGACUCCGAGACUUCCGAGGUAAGAGACUCUACCUCUACCAGCUCUACCCGACAGCUGUCCAAAUGCCCUCAACUCCCAUUGUCAGGCCUUACGGAAUGUGUUUCCAGAGCGUCUCGUGUGUGUGUUAUUCUGACCAUAGAAUCUGUGUGUUUUCAGAUCGUCUGUAUGUCUCCCGGUGUUACUCUGACCAUAGAAUCUGUGUGUUUUCAGAUCGUCUGUAUGUCUCCCGGUGUUACUCUGACCAUAGAAUCUGUGUGUUUUCAGAUCGUCUGUAUGUCUCCCGGUGUUACUCUGACCAUAGAAUCUGUGUGUUUUCAGAUCGUCUGUAUGUCUCCCGGUGUUAUUCUGACCAUAGAAUCUGUGUGUUUUCAGAUCGUCUGUAUGUCUCCCGGUGUUACUCUGACCAUAGAAUAUGUGUGUGUGUUUCCAGAGCGUCUGUAUAUGAAGGAUGCCCAGAUCGUGCAGAGCCUGACAGAGAAGCUGCAGAUGUUUGCUGACAUGGCGGAGGCUGUAACAGGGCUAGAGAAUGUAGCUGCCCACUCCCGUCUGCUGCUCCGCACUGACGCCUCAGACAUUCAGCAGGGGGAGACACUGCUCAAGGGGGCCGUCACUGAGGGUAGGAAUGAAGCACGAAUCUAAUCCUAGACUUUUCACUCAGGCCCCCCCUCCCAGCAUUGGGGAACAUCUUGCGCCCCCCCCCACCCCCCACUUCUAUUUCUAUGGGUACAAGCUCUGUUGAUGACACACACUGUUCACACCCCUCUUGUUGGUGGAGAGAGAAUUUAGCAGGUUUAAAGCUUAUUUCCUGCAAUUCUACACAUUUGGUCAUGGGGGGUAGAGAACAUUUUGCCGUUUUAAUGCUAAUUUCCUUGCAAUUCUAUACAUUUAGCCAUGUCUAAUGUGUAUUCAUGUGAUAUUUACGUGACUCAAACAUGACAACAAAAUCGGUGGGCUAAAACACCUAUCUAAAAAAACGUUAGCUGACAUGGGCUAGUUGAUCUGGACAUUUCUGACACAUUAUAAAUAGCUCUCUAAGGUAUGCCCCUAGGGGGCACGCCCCACAGUUUGGGAACCACUGCCCUAAGCAAUUGUGGAGAUCUGAGAGGGUUUGAUACAUAGUUUGAUUGGUUAAAGCAAUAUUGUAGUAGCUCUGAUUGGUUAAAGCAAUAUUGUAGUAGCUCUGAUUGGUUAAAGCAAUAUUGUAGUAGCUCUGAUUGGUUAAAGCAAUAUUGUAUACCUGAUUGGUUAAGCAUCUGUAGAGCCUAUUGGGUUAAAGCCAAUAAUUGUAGUAAGCUCCUGAUUGGUUAAAAGCAAUAUUGUAGUAGCUCUGAUUGGUUAAAGCAAUAUUCUAGUAGCUCUGAUUGGUUAAAGCAAUAUUGUAGUAGCUCUGAUUGGUUAAAGCAAUAUUGUAGUAGCUCUGAUUGGUUAAAGCAAUAUUGUAGUAGCUCUGAUUGGUUAAAGCAAUAUUGUAGUAGCUCUGAUUGGUUAAAGCAAUAUUGUAGUAGCUCUGAUUGGUUAAAGCAAUAUUGUAGUAGCUCUGAUUGGUUAAAGCAAUAUUGUAGUAGCUCUGAUUGGUUAAAGCAAUAUUGUAGUAGCUCCACCAUCCCCUCUGAUAGUCUAGAUGGAAUGUUUGCCCCUGGCCUUGGUGCUCCUGGCAGGUCUGAUAGGAUCUGAUAAUACUUAACUUAACCGUCGUCUUUAGUAAAUCUGUUAUGAAUGUUCAUUGACCCACCAUGAGAAUCCAAUGUCAGCUUGUCUGUCAGAUAAUCAGCUUUUAGUUUCUUCUUCUUCUUCUUCUUCUUCUCUCAGUGGAGAAUCUUCAGAACCUGCUCCUGUCCGGUGUGACUGUGAGAGAUCCCCACCCCACUCCAGAGGACAGUCUGAGACCAGGGGGGUUCAGUUUGAGGCCAGAAGUGCUACGGCUUGGUCAAGGGGGGCUAGGCCUUGGGCGGCUGGGGAACCUGGUGGUGCUUAGGAGAGCUGAGACCUUCGGAGGUUACGACUGCAACCCUCCCACCCCCAUCAAGUGUAAGUCUACCAGUCAGUCGGUCUACCUGUCCGUCAGUCUGUCUACCAGUAAGUCUACCCAGUCUACCCAGUCAGUCUACCGUUCAGUCAGUCUACCGUUCAGUCAGUCUACCAGUCAGUCUGUCUACCCGUCAGUCUACCAGUCAGUCUACCGUUCAGUCAGUCUACCAGUCAGUCUACCGUUCAGUCAGUCUACCAGUCAGUCUACCGUUCAGUCAGUCUACCAGUCAGUCUACCCGUUCAGUCAGUCUACCAGUUCAGUCUAUAUACCGUUCAGUAGCAGUCAUCUACCAGUCAGUCUACCAGUCAGUCUACCGUUCAGUCAGUCUAGUCAGUCCCGUCUAACCCGUUCAGUCAGUCUACUCAGUCAGUCUACCGUCAGUCAGUCUCAGUCACCAGUCAGUCUACCAGUCAGUCUACCAGCCAGUCUACCGUUCAGUCAGUCUACCGUUCAGUCAGUCUACCGUUCAGUCAGUCAGUCUACCAGUCAGUCUACCAGUCAGUCUACCAGUCAGUCUACCGUUCAGUCAGUCUACCAGUCAGUCUACCCGUUCAGUCAGUCUACCAGUCAGUCUACCGUUCAGUCAGUCUACCAGUCAGUCUACCAGUCAGUCUACCCGUUCAGUCAGUCUACCGUUCAGUCAGUCUACCAGUCAGUCUACCCGUUCAGUCAGUCUACCAGCCAGUCUACCGUUCAGUCAGUCUACCCAGUCAGUCUACCAGUCAGUCUGUCUACCAGUCAGUCUACCCGUUCAGUCAGUCUACCAGUCAGUCUACCGUUCAGUCAGUCUACCAGUCAGUCUACCCGUUCAGUCAGUCUACCAACCAGUCUACCGUUCAGUCAGUCUACCAGUCAGUCUACCCGUUCAGUCAGUCUACCAGUCAGUCUACCCGUUCAGUCAGUCUACCGUUCAGUCAGUCUACCGUUCAGUCAGUCUACCACUCAUACAGAUGGACUAUUAUACCACUGUCCAUAUCUGGUCAUGUCAUUCCUCAUAUCUCACAAAUCCAGUGUUUUCUUUUGAACACAGUUUAACAUUAUGUUUUCCAGAUGGUAGUAUACCGGCAGGAGAACGGCCAGGCAGUGUGGAGGGACGACAUCAGCGUUCGAACUCUGACCCCCAGCUACAGGACCUCGACCAAUCAGAGAGCCUGGAACUGUCGGUGAGUGACUGGCUGUCCCAUUCUCUACCCCCAUCUCCUCGCAUGUGUGCACUCGUUCCCUCCUGCAAGUGUGCCCUUGUUCUCCCCUCAGAGAGGAAGGGAGGGCUAGUUUAGUUAGUCUGAUUCAUGGUGUUGUGAUUACAAGCUGAUGAGGCGUCUGCAUCAUACUGUAGUUCUCCAUGCCCAAAUCCAUCCUUCCCUGAAGCCCAGUUAAGUGUUGCUAGAUUACUCUGAAUCUGAACAAUGUUUUUGAUUGUCUCAACUUUAUUUCUCUCUCUCCCCCAGUUAUUUUACAGAGUGCUGAUGCUCUCACAUCGGCUGUACGGUCUGCAGGUAGGACAUACACUGAGUAUACAAAACAUUCCAUGACAGAGACUGACCAGGUGAAUCCAGGUGAAAGCUAUGAUCCCUUAUUGAUGUCACUUGUUUAAAUCCACUUCAAUCAGUGUUAAAUAAGGAUUUUUAAGCCUUGAGACAUGGAUUGUGUAUGUGUGCCAUUCAGAGGGUGAAUGGGCAAGACAAAAGAUUUAAGUGUCUUUGAACAGGGUAGUAGGUGCCAGGCGCACCGGUUUGUGUCAAGAACUGCAUCGCUGCUGGGUUUUUCACGCUCAACAGUUUCCAGUGUGUAUCAAGAAUGGUCCACCACCCAAAGGACAUCCAGCCAACUUGACCCAACUGUGGGAAGCAUUGGAGUCAACAUGGGCCAGCAUCCCCGUGGAACGCUUUCGACACCCUUGUAGAGUCCAUGCCCCGACGAAUUGAGGCUGUUCUGAGGGCAAACUCCCUGGUCUGAAGUUUGUACCCUGUCCAUCACUGGUGUUAAGUUUGUUCCGUGCCCCUCGUUGGUGUUAAAGGAAAGAUUCACCCACUUCGUAUUUGUGCAUCUCUGAGCUAUGUUCUAUCGAUUCCCAGGGUAAUUUCAUGUUUUAGUGUUGUCCCACUGGCUAUCAUAAGGUGAAUGCACCAAUUUGUAAGUCGCGUCUGCUAAACGAUGUAAAUGUAUCUGAGCUAUUCACAUUCAAGCAGGCAGAAAUACAGUCAGUAUGAUGAGUUUUGCAUCAUAUGCCCUCUGCCUCCUGGUGUUAAGUUUGUCCACUGUCCCUCUCCGUAGGCCAUCGUCUCCCAGCAGGACAGCCACAUUGAGCUCCAGCGUGCCUCUAUUUUGGAGCGUGAGCGUCCGGGUCGCCCCCGAGGCAACAUGCUCCUGGACCAGGAGAAACAACGUAACCUGGAGAAACAGAGAGAAGAGAUGGCCGACUUCCACAAGCUGCAGACACAGCACCGCCAAAACCAGGUACAAUACUGUUUAUUAUGUUAGGGAAUCUGAGGUAGGGAAUCUGAGGUGGGGAAUCUGAGGUGGGGAAUCUGAGGUGGGGAAUCUGAGGUGGGGAAUCUGAGGUGGGGAAUCUGAGGUGGGGAAUCUGAGGUAGGGAAAUUCAAAUUCAACUCUGGACCUCCAAGCCAGAUCCACUGCUGUUUUCAUUGUUCCCCUCUAAUCAGAGACUGAUUUAGACCUGGGACACCAGGUGGGUGCAAUUAAUUAUCUGGUAGAACAGAAAACCAGCAGGCUCCAGGUCUCGUAAGAUAAAGAGUUGAGUACCCCUGAUGUAGGGGAUCUAUCUGUCUCUGUCUCAUCCCUCUGAUAUCUCAUCUCUAUCUCUCCAGCUCAUCUUUCAUUCAUCUCUAUCCCCAGGCUCGCUGGGAGAAGGAGCGGGAGCGUCACCGGCUGCAGGCGGAGGUCCUAGAGGCGGAGCUAAGACAGAGAGAGGAGGAGUGUAGGAGACUGGAGGAGAAACUAGAGGAGGAGAGAGAGGAGCUGGAGAGACAGAGAGAGACGUACCAACAGGUUGCUGCUUCGUUUCGUUACAAUAUAAUAAUAUAAGGGACGGGAUACCUGGACAAAAUCUGACCUCUCUGAAAUGAAAAUGGAUAGCCCUCCCUUCAGUAAAAUAUAUUUUUACCCUCCCUGAAUGCUUGAAAAAAAACAAGUGACUCUCCCCUAUACCCAAAAUAAUAGUUAAGACAUAAAAUGGAUAGCAGAGAAUAUGCCUACCAUUUACCCUCCACUCCUAGGACAGACCACAGCCUUAGAUAUGCAGUUUUACAAACUGUUAUUUGUUUUGUAAGCGUUCCAUGGCAAAGUAGCCAAAAGGUUGUGGAUUCACAGACCACCGCGGACAAGGGUAUGGGUGUAAAAAUAUAUACAUUAUAAAAAAAGAACUGAAUGAAUCUAUCAUCUUAUUUGCAGGCCAAGAAAAAAAAAAAGCCUUUUAUAAACGCAUUUCAUGCAAUUCUACGUCAUUUUACAUGACUGGAGAAGAGCAGAAUCUAUUUUAAUACCACAACAGAGCAUGACAACGAAUGAGCGCAUGCAGCAGCACCGGAGACAUUUCGAUUUCUAUACAGGCUAUUGUUAAAAAAAGAGGAUAGUCUAACAGUGCUAAAGUUGUCUAUCAACUGUAUAAAAAGGUUUUUAUAGUGUAACAGAACCAGUUACAACUGAAGUAUCUGAUCAUCAAUUAAUUAGAAGAAAAAAAAAAUAAGCAAUUUGUUGUUUAACACAGCAGCCUCAUAUCAUCAGGUAACUUUAUUUCAUUUGGGAAACUAUCAUUUUCUAAUUUAUUCUAUUUUAUUCUAUGGUACUGUUGUUACAAAAUAGAUGUGUGUUGACUGUGAUUAGGGCGUGGGAAUAUAAGAGCAUCUGCUAGGCUAAAUUAACAAACGGGGCAUGCAUCGCUCACCGCAUGAUCCUCAAACCAAAGACUGGCCAAACUUCUGUUUCUAAAAGUGAAUUCAAAAAGGCACUGUAGAAUGACUGUAUAGCCAGCUAUAGCCUAGCUGUAUAGCGUAAUAAGGCAUUUUUUCGUUUCAUUGUUAUUUAAUUCCAAGUAUUAAAAAAAAACAUGUUGUUUCAUCAUAUAAAGACUAAAUGUUGAAGUGUUGAUGUUGUUGAAAUGCUGAGCCCUCCUGCCAGCCUGUAGCGCAUCACAAAUGCUUCACAAUUGAUUUCUUAAAUGGCAGGCUAUAGCCUUGAAAUAAUAAUAAUAAUAUAGCCUAAAUAAUUAAUUAGUUUUCCUCCUGAGGCUACCUGGCUUCCUCCUGACUGAUUUAGAGUUAGUAUGUUGUUUUAAUAGCGUGUUGAAAUGUUGAACGUCGAUUGAUAGUGACAGAAUCACACAUUUACUUCCCAAGCAAAGUACAUGUUCUUGUCUCCUCGGCUGUAGAAGGUUGUAGCGCAGCCUCUGAAUAUCAUAGAGACAAACCAAAGAUGUCCCGUAUGCAUCGGAGUCACGUCUUUCCCCCGGCACUCUACAGCUUGUUUCUAGCAUGAAGCAUUAUGGACUAAAGCGUCGUUAUAGAUUACUUUAUAUAAAUCGGGUCCAUUUAAAAAAUAAAUAUUAAGCGAACAAUGGGUAGGCCUAUGCUUUUAUAGCCAUUUUCUUUAAUGAAAGCCACAAAUCAAAUCAAAUUUUAUUUGUCGCAUGCGCCGAAUACAACAGGUGGUUUUAACUUUAACACACCAAGCCCUUCACUGAUUAUAUUUAAGGAGUGAACGGUGACUGAAGGAAUUAGUUGAGAAAAUCUAUGGAUAGUAGACUAUAAUUUCGUCCGUCAAACAGGUAGGACUACCUCUUAUUUCCUGAAUGGGAAGACAUAGGCUCCAACACAACAGCCCUCUUGUUGUUAGAUGCCUAUAAAGUCAAAUUAAAAUGAAGACUGUUUAAAUCACAGGUGUCACAAUCAUUCGAAUGAGGGCAGAGUGUCUGCGGGUUUUUGCUACUCCCUUGUCCUUGAUUGCUGAAUUAGUUAGGAACUAUCCAAACCUGGUUGUCUCUGGCUUAAUUGUGAAAGGAAAAACCAAAAACCUGCAGAAACUAUGUCCUCCAUGGAAUGAGUUUGACACCCCUGGUUUAAAUGAAUUGGGCCUUCUCGAAUUAGCCUUCCUUCAGCACCCAUGCGCUGUCCAUCUCCGCGGCUUCCGCUUCAUAGUAAUGUAAGUUAUGUCAAUUACUCAAAUAUGGCUUAUUGUGUGGUCAAUAACUCGAAUAAAUAGCUUCAUUAUGGGCAACAAAACAUAUUGUUUUUAUUGAAAUCAAUUCUAGCAGUAGCAAGCUUACCUCCAGUCCUCCACCUCAUCUUCACGCUCUCCCUCUCAAACUGAACAGGACAUCAGUAGGCCCAGUCCCGCACGCACAGAUACUGCAUUUGCUGGACAAUUUUAUUUUUCUUCCGGAAGAUACCUUUGACUCGCCACCUGAAGUGCCACCGUACACAGCACAGUCGUUGGUUAGGCAGCACAAAAGGCUGUACAUCAACGAGAGCAGGGCAGGCCGGGGCUCAUGAUUGGGAAUGCCUAUCCAUUGCAGUGUGUAAUGCAGUGUAGACUAGUUUUAUAUACACCAUCCCAGCAGCGCAAAAACUCGGGAAGGAAGUACAUGUUCUUAGAAAUAUAACUUUUCCCUGUGCUUCUCCGAGCACGCUCUUCUUAUAGCCUUAGUAUAUGCUAUGGAUUAUUUGAUUGAGACCACAUUAGGCAGACUUGAUAUUGUGCCCAGCAGACAAUCACGGAUGAGGGGCAGCAUCAGGCACACAUCGAGAUACUAUAAUAAGCAACUAAUUCUCAAACCCUGAACAAUAGGACAUUUAAUCGAUUACAAAUUACAUGACCCUCCCCUGGACUAAAAUAAAAAAUACUAAACCCUCCCCCUGACUGAAAUUGAAAAAGCAUGACCCUCCCCCAUUUUUCUCCGGGUAACAAUUGUAUAAAUUUCUACCGCUCCCUAACAAUUGUGGUCUGGAUAAGAGCAUCUGCUAAAUAAUUUAAAUGUAAAAAAUGUAUAUAUAAAAAAAGUGGUAUGAGCUAAAAACUAAAUAAAACAAAGCUUAACAAAUUAAUAAUAAUUGAUUUGACUUAUAUAGCGCUUUACAUAGUUAGGAGGAAUCUCACCAAUGUGUAGCACCCACUUGGGUGAUGCACGGCAACCAAUUUGCGCCAGAUAAUUAGGUGGCCAUGAUGGUAUGAGGGCCAGAUUGGGAAUUUAGCCAGGACACCAGGGUUAACACUCCUACUCUUACGAUAAGUGCCAUGGGAUCUUUUGUGACCACAAAGAGUCAGGACAACCAUUUAACAUACCAUCCAAAAGACAGCACCCUACACAGGACAAUGUCCCCUUCACUGGCCUGGGAUUCGAUCUUAAGACCAGAGGGAAGAGCGUCCUCUAGUGGCCCUCCAACACCACUUCCAGCAGCAUCUGGUCUCCCAUCCAGGGACCCUGCUUAGCUUCAGAGGCAAGCCAGCAGUGGGAUGCAGGGUGGUAUUCUGCUGACAGUGGCAGGUAGCCUAACGGUUAGAGCGGUGGACCAGUAACCAAAAGGUCGCUGGUUCGAAUACCCGAGUCGACAAGGUGAAAAAUCUGUUGGUGCCCUUGAGCAAGGCACUUAACCUUAAUUUGCUCCAGGGGUGCCGUACUACUAUGGCUGAUCCUGUAAAACAACACAUUUCACUGCACCUAUCCGUCGUAUGUGACAAAAACAUGUAUUUAAAUGAAUUUGUUUUUCGUGUAACGUACCAACAGGAUCUGGAGAGGCUGAGGGAGUCAACGAGGACGGUGGAAAAACAGAAAGAACACCUCAAUACACAGAUGAAGUUGAAGCAGAACAAGACCAUCACCAACCCUGGGAGUUUUAACUUCAAAACCCAGCAGGUGGGGAUGUGGUUGUUAAGAACUGAGCACCAAUAGUGAGAGGAGCUGUUGUUUAUGUAUUUAUAGAUGUUGAGGUAUUUAUAGAUGUUGAGGUAUUUAUAGAUGUUGAUGUAUUUAUAGAUGUUGAGGUAUUUAUAGAUGUUGAUGUAUUUAUAGAUGUUGAGGUAUUUAUAGAUGUUGAGGUAUUUAUAGAUGUUGAGGUAUUUAUAGAUGUUGAGGUAUUUAUAGAUGUUGAUGUAUUUAUAGAUGUUGAUGUAUUUAUAGAUGUUGAGGUAUUUAUAGAUGUUGAGGUAUUUAUAGAUGUUGAGGUAUUUAUAGAUGUUGAGGUAUUUAUAGAUGUUGAGGUAUUUAUAGAUGUUGAGGUAUUUAUAGAUGUGAGGUAUUUAUAGAUGUUGAUGUAUUUAUAGAGGUUGAUGUAUGGGAUGUUUACAUCAUCCACUCAUUCUCUUCUUCUCCCCUCCUCUCCCAGUCCUUCCGAAGGGACCCCCUCCUCUCCCAGUCCUUCCGAGGGGACCCCCUCCUCUCCCAGUCCUUCCGAGGGGACCUGAUGGGUGGUUUGACGACAGGAAGAGAGGUGAUCCAGACACCCAAGGUCCACGUCCGCCCCAGCCUCUCUGUAGCCACCAACUUUUUCCUGGAGCAGCCCCCAGAGGUGAGCCACAUAGGACGUAACAGGAGAGUGGCAGGACAGUAUACAGUGCAUUCGGAAAGUAUUCAGACCCCUUGACAUUUUGUUACAUUACAGUCUUAUUCUAAAAUCGAUUAAAUUGUUUUUUUCCCUCAUAAAUCUGCAUACAAUACCCCAUAAUGACAAAGCAAAAACAGGCUUUUAGAUUUUUUUGCAAAUGUAUACAAAAUAAAAAACGUAUUCAGACCCUUUACUCAGUACUUUGUUGAAGCACCUUUGGCAGCGAUUACAGCCUUGAGUCUUCUUGGGUAUGACGCUACAAACUUGGCACACCUGUAUUUGGGGAGUUCACCCAUUCUUCUCUGCAGAUCCUCUCAAGCUCUGUCAGGUUGGAUGGGGAAUGUCGCUGCACAGCUAUUUUUAGGUCUCUCCAGAGAUGUUCGAUAGGGUUAAAGUCCGGGCUCUGGCUGGGCCACUGUAGGACAUUCAGAGACUUGUCCCGAAGCCACUCUUGCAUUGUCUUGGCUGUGUGCUUAGGGUCGUUGUCCUGUUGGAAGGUGAACCUUCACCCCAGUCUGAGGUCCUGAGCGGUCUGGAGCAGGUUUUCAUCAAGGAUCUCUCUGUACUUUGCUCUGUUCAUCUUUCCCUCGAUCCUGACUAGUCUCCCAGUCCUUGCCGCUGAAAAACAUCCCCACAGCAUGAUGAUGCUGCCACCACCAUGCUUCACCAUAGGGAUGGUGCCAGGUUUCCUCCAGACGUGACGCUUGGCAUUCAGGCCAAAGAGUUCAAUCUUGGUUUCAUCAGACCAGAGAAUCUUGUUUCUCAUGGUCUGAGAGUCUUUUAGGUGCCUUUUGGCAAACUCCAAGUGGUCUGUCAUGUGCUUUUUACUGAGGAGUGGCUUCCGUCUGGCCACUCUACCAUAAAGGCCUGAUUGGUAGGGGAGGGUAGGGGAGGGAAUGGCCGGCAGGGAUGUACAGUGGGGGAAAAAAGUAUUUAGUCAGCCACCAAUUGUGCAAGUUCUCCCACUUAAAAAGAUGCGAGAGGCCUGUAAUUUUCAUCAUAGGUACACGUCAACUAUGACAGACAAAUUGAGAUUUUUUUUCUCCAGAAAAUCACAUUGUAGGAUUUUUUAUGAAUUUAUUUGCAAAUUAUGGUGGAAAAUAAGUAUUUGGUCACCUACAAACAAGCAAGAUUUCUGGCUCUCGCAGACCUGUAACUUCUUCUUUAAGAGGCUCCUCUGUCCUCCACUCGUUACCUGUAUUAAUGGCACCUGUUUUAACUUGUUAUCAGUAUAAAAGACACCUGUCCACAACCUCAAACAGUCACACUCCAAACUCCACUAUGGCCAAGACCAAAGAGCUGUCAAAGGACACCAGAAACAAAAUUGUAGACCUGCACCAGGCUGGGAAGACUGAAUCUGCAAUAGGUAAGCAAAUUGGUUUGAAGAAAUCAACUGUGGGAGCAAUUAUUAGGAAAUGGAAGACAUACAAGACCACUGAUAAUCUCCCUCGAUCUGGGGCUCCACGCAAGAUCUCACCCCGUGGGGUCAAAAUGAUCACAAGAACGGUGAGCAAAAAUCCCAGAACCACACGGGGGGACCUAGUGAAUGACCUGCAGAGAGCUGGGACCAAAGUAACAAAGCCUACCAUCAGUAACACACUACGCCGCCAGGGACUCAAAUCCUGCAGUGCCAGACGUGUCCCCCUGCUUAAGCCAGUACAUGUCCAGGCCCGUCUGAAGUUUGCUAGAGUGCAUUUGGAUGAUCCAAAAGAGGAUUGGGAGAAUGUCAUAUGGUCAGAUGAAACCAAAAUAGAACUUUUUGGUAAAAACUCAACUAGUCGUGUUUGGAGGACAAAGAAUGCUGAGUUGCCUCCAAAGAACACCAUACCUACUGUGAAGCAUGGGGGUGGAAACAUCAUGCUUUGGGGCUGUUUUUCUGCAAAGGGACCAGGACGACUGAUCCGUGUAAAGGAAAGAAUGAAUGGGGCCAUGUAUCGUGAGAUUUUGAGUGAAAACUUCCUUCCAUCAGCAAGGGCAUUGAAGAUGAAACGUGGCUGGGUCUUUCAGCAUGACAAUGAUCCCAAACACACCGCCCGGGCAACGAAGGAGUGGCUUCGUAAGAAGCAUUUCAAGGUCCUGGAGUGGCCUAACCAGUCUCCAGAUCUCAACCCCAUAGAAAAUCUUUGGAGGGAGUUGAAAGUCCGUGUUGCCCAGCGACAGCCCCAAAACAUCACUGCUCUAGAGGAGAUCUGCAUGGAGGAAUGGGCCAAAAUACCAGCAACAGUGUGUGAAAACCUUGUGAAGACUUACAGAAAACGUUUGACCUGUGUCAUUGCCAACAAAGGGUAUAUAACAAAGUAUUGAGAAACUUUUGUUAUUGACCAAAUACUUAUUUUCCACCAUAAUUUGCAAAUAAAUUCAUUAAAAAUCCUACAAUGUGAUUUUCUGGAGAAAAAAAAUCUCAUUUUGUCUGUCAUAGUUGACGUGUACCUAUGAUGAAAAUUACAGGCCUCUCAUCUUUUUAAGUGGGAAAACUUGCACAAUUGGUGGCUGACUAAAUACUUUUUUUCCCCACUGUAGCUCAGUUGGUAGAGCAUGGCGUUUGCAACGCCAGGGUUGUGGGUUCGAUUCCCACGGGGGGGGCCAGUAUGAAAAAUAAAAUAAAAAUAAUGUAUGCACUCACUAACUGUAAGUCGCUCUGGAUAAGAGCGUCUGCUAAAUGACUAAAAUGUAAAAAUGUAUUGAUAUUGUGUGUUUUGUUUUCACAUAUGAAUCCCAGUUAGAGGAUUCCUGGAAUCAAAGUGACCAGUAUUUUUCAACCCACAGAACUACGUGAAUAUGUGUGCUCACUUCCCAGCAUUUUUCUAUUGCAUUUGUUGUUCUAUAGUGUAUUGAUAUUGUGUGUUUUGUAUGCUGAAUUUCCAUGUAAAUGGACAAUAAAGGUCCCAUUCAGUACACUCGGUGCAACACUCUUGCCAGUUAGAUCUCCAUAGCUGUCUGUUCAAAUCAAAUCAAAUCAAAUUUUAUUGGUCACAUGCGCCGAAUACAACAGGUGCAGACAUCACAGUGAAAUGCUUACUUACCUGCCCUUAACCAACAGUGCAUUUAUUUUUUUUAAAAUAAAACAACAACAAAAAAAGUGUUGAGAGAAAAAAGAGCAAAAGUAAAAUAAAGUGACAGUAGGGAGGCUAUAUAUACAGUAAAAUAAAGUGACAGUAGGGAGGCUAUAUAUACAGGGGGGUACCGUUGCAGAGUCAAUGUGCGGGGGCACCGGCUAGUUGAGGUAGUUGAGGUAAUAUGUACAUGUGGGUAGAGUUAAAGUGACUAUGCAUAAAUAAUUAACAGAGUAGCAGCAGCGUAAAAAGGAUGGGGUGGGGGGGCAGUGCAAAUAGUCCGGGUAGCCAUGAUUAGCUGUUCAGGAGUCUUAUGGCUUGGGGGUAGAAGCUGUUGAGAAGUCUUUUGGACCUAGACUUGGCACUCCGGUACCGCUUGCCGUGCGGUAGCAGAGAGAACAGUCUAUGACUAGGGUGGCUGGAGUCUUUGACAAUUUUGAGGGCCUUCCUCUGACACCGCCUGGUAUAGAGGUCCUGGAUGGCAGGAAGCUUGGCCCCAGUGAUGUACUGGGCCGUACGCACUACCCUCUGUAGUGCCUUGCGGUCGGAGGCCAAGCAGUUGCCAUACCAGGCGGUGAUGCAACCAGUCAGGAUGCUCUCGAUGGUGCAGCUGUAGAAUUUUUUGAGGAUCUGAGGACCCAUGCCAAAUCUUUUCAGUCUCCUGAGGGGGAAUAGGCUUUGUCGUGCCCUCUUCACGACUGUCUUGGUGUGUUUGGACCAUGAUAGUUCGUUGGUGAUGUGGACACCAAGGAACUUGAAGCUCUCAACCUGUUCCACUACAGCCCCGUCGAUGAGAAUGGGGGCGUGCUCAGUCCUCUUUUUUUUCCUGUAGUCCACAAUCAUCUCCUUUGUCUUGGUCACGUUGAGGGAGAGGUUGUUGUCCUGGCACCACACGGCCAGGUCUCUGACCUCCUCCCUAUAGGCUGUCUCAUCGUUGUCGGUGAUCAGGCCUACCACUGUUGUGUCGUCGGCAAACUUAAUGAUGGUGUUGGAGUCGUGCCUGGCCAUGCAGUCAUGGGUGAACAGAGAGUACAGGAGGGGACUGAGCACGCACCCCUGAGGGGCCCCCGUGUUGAGGAUCAGUGUGGCAGAUGUGUUGUUACCUACCCUUACCACCUGGGGGCGGCCCGUCAGGAAGUCCAGGAUCCAGUUGCAGAGGGAGGUGUUUAGUCCCAGGAUCCUUAGCUUAGUGAUGAGCUUAGAGGGCACUAUGGUGUUGAAUGCUGAGCUGUAGUCAAUGAAUAGCAUUCUCACGUAGGUGUUCCUCUUGUCCAGGUGGGAAAGGGCAGUGUGGAGUGCAAUAGAGAUUGCAUCAUCUGUGGAUCUGUUGGGGCGGUAUGCAAAUUGGAGUGGGUCUAGGGUUUCUGGGAUAAUGCUGUUGAUGUGAGCCAUGACCAGCCUUUCAAAGCACUUCAUGGCUACAGACGUCAGUGCUACGGGUCGGUAGUCAUUUAGGCAGGUUAUCUUAGAGUCCUUGGGUCCUGUUGUAACUCGUUUUCCAGUAGUUAAUUCACAGUAGUUAUAUUCAUAACUUUACUUUAUCGUAUCUUAGGUGCCCCCUCGCAGGGAGAGCAUCAGCCCCGGGCCCCCUAAACCGGAGUUCCCAAUCCACCUGAUCAGCACGACCAACCAGGUGGUUCACAAACCAGGGGCGGUGCAGCAGCAGAUACCCACCAAGCUGGCUGCCCUCGGCAACAAGGGCAAGGAGAAGAGCAGUAAGAAGAGGCCCCACCACCAGCGCACCCACAGCGCAGGUCAGAACACGCACAGAGCAGGUCAGAACACGCACAGAGCAGGUCAGAACACCCACAGAGCAGGUCAGAACACGCACAGAGCAGGUCAGAACACGCACAGAGCAGGUCAGAACACGCACAGCGCAGGUCAGAACACGCACAGAGCAGGUCAGAACACGCACAGAGCAGGUCAGAACACGCACAGAGCAGGUCAGAACACGCACAGAGCAGGUCAGAACACGCACAGAUGAGGUCAGAACACGCACAGAGCAGGUCAGAACACCCACAGAGCAGGUCGGAACACGCACAGAGCAGGUCGGAACACGCACAGAGCAGGUCGGAACACGCACAGAGCAGGUCGGAACACGCACAGAGCAGGUCGGAACACGCACAGAGCAGGUCGGAACACGCACAGAGCAGGUCGGAACACGCACAGAGCAGGUCGGAACACGCACAGAGCAGGUCGGAACACGCACAGAGCAGGUCAGAACACGCACAGAGCAGGUCGGAACACAGCUCAGUAGAACUGUUCAUGUCUUUACACUCCUAUAAUCUCAAAUGCAAAUUCAUCGAAAACAUUGGAGAAACCUUCCAUUUAUUAGUCAUCUACUGAGGCACUUGUUGUGAAGUCCUACUCUUUCCUUUUGACCUCAACUGUGCUAGGGGAAUCAUGACAUUUACCCCAUAUUGAUAUUUUCUAUGAUCUGUUAAAGCAGUGGGUGUAUAUCUCCACCACAGGAGGUUGGUGGCACCUAUAUUUGGGAGGACGGGCUCGUGGUAAUGGCUGGAGCAGAAUCACUGGAAUGGUAUCAAACACAUGGUUUCUAUGCAUUUGAUGCCAUUCCAUUUGCUCUGUUCCAGCCGUUAUUAUGAGCCAUCCUCCCCUCAGCAGCCUCCACUGAUCUCCAUAGUUCUGAUGCAGUGUUGUCUUUCCUCCUGCAGCGUCCAUAGAAAUGUCUCAGGUGGUGCCGAUCAGAGUGACAGGAAAUGAGAGCCGGAGUCUGAGAGGGAAGAAGACUGUGAGCCCUCACAGAAACUACCAAUCAGGUAAGAGCCCUCACAGAAACAACCAAUCAGGUAAGAGCCCUCACAGAAACUACCAAUCAGGUAAGAGCCCUCACAGAAACAACCAAUCAGGUAAGAGCCCUCACAGAAAUAACCAAUCAGGUAAGACGAGAACCUCGGGAGUUCCAGAUACACAUUGUCUGAUUUUUACAAUGACUGGAGAACUGUUUUAACGUCUCAGGAACUAAUUUAACGAUUAAGUUAACCGUACGUUGUUAUGCCUCCUCAGAUUGUUUCUUCAGUCCUCCAGAGCCCCUGUCCAAUGCUAAGCCCACCCAGACCCUGUUGUCCAGCAGCAGCAUGAGGAAUACCCAGAGCCAAGCCCCUCCACCCGAACCUCCACCUCCCCCUCCACCCUUCCCCAAAGACAUAACAAGCAAACCAACCAAGGAACAUGUCAUCUACCUGUAAGGACACAGGGUGAAGACCAAAACCCUAACUAAUAGGCCCUAUGCCCGGGCUCUGAAACUGGCAGCCCAUGUGCCAAAUCCGGCCCACGAGUGAUUAUAUUUGGCCCGCCAAAGCUCUGUUCACAGUAAUGAUGUGAUUAUUUUAUUUUUUUACUGAUUGGGCUUUUCUAAUUUCUGGUACUUCUUGAGUUCCUGUUGAAUUUCCAAAGACAUUUCUAUUGUUCUGAUGAGUGCUUCUGUAUCUAAACACUCUCUGCACUCAAGUCUUCUUUACUUUUUAAAUCCUUUUUAAAGAUGAUUUAAAUUCAUGUUUGGCGGUUGUUAGGAAGCUGUUUAUUAUUGGAAGAUGUUAUUAUUAUUAUUAACUUGUUUACAGAUCUGAGGGGCCAAGCACGUUGUUAUCUCAGAGUGCAUAAGAAACUAUUUUAAUCUGAAUUGACCUGCUCCUCAUAUUGUAUUUCUUCAUGUUAUAGAAUGUAUGGAAGUAAAUGUACAUUUAGCUGUGAGGGGUAAAACCAUUAUGGCCAGAUUACCAGAUGCAGAUUAAUCUUAGUCCAGGACUAAAAAGGAUUCUCAUUUGAGAUUCUCCCAGUUUUUUAAAUCCAAGACUAGGCUUAAUCUAUGUCUGGG